UGGGGCGGGGCUCGUUAUUAAAACAAAAUGGCGGCGAGCAGCAAGCGAGUUAUGAUAAUUGGAGCAGGAGCUACUGGAGCACUGAGCAGCUCAUUCCUAAUGGACUCCAGCCCUAACCUAAUACUCAACAUGUGGGAGAAGGGGAGAGGAGGAGGAGGGAGAAUGAGCACUCACAGAACAGGAAUAGACUCUUCAGUACAAGCUCAUGUGGAUAUGGGGGCCCAAUACAUCACUAGGUAUAAUUCAUCACGUGACAACAAGUCCAUGGAAAACAUUAAAAAUAAAUUAUUUGGAGAAUUAUUAAGAACCGAGACACUCAUUCCAUUUCAAGGGAUUAUAGAGGGGAGCCCUCAAUCAGCCACGCCCACUGCCACACCUACCGUGCAUUAUGUAUCGGCAAAUGGUAUCAAUGGAGUACCAAAGUAUUUCCUGGAGAGGUCAAAGGUCAAUGUUAAGUAUCGGACUCAAUUGGAAUCAGUUGAGAUCAAAGAUGAGUCUAUCGUCUUAACGUCAAGUGAUGGAUUGGUUGAGGAGGCGGAGUCUUUAAUUUUAACCCUUCCUGUCCCUCAGUGCCUCUCGCUGAAAGGGAACCUGUUCAAGGAUACGCCUCAAGAUGUACUCGAUAAUUUAAGAGGUGUGGCCUAUUCCUCUCGCUAUGCCCUAGGGCUAUUCUUUACCGAACCUGUUCCUAAAACAAGUUGGACAGGAAAGUAUUACGAUGACUCCAUAGUCCGGUACAUGUGCUGGGACAGUAACAAGUAUUCAUUAAAGGACGAUAAUGAAGUCUCGAGUUUAUUGGUACACAGUUCAGUUCCUUUUGGUCUAAAGGAACUUGAAACGGACAAAGACAGGGUCAAAGAGGUAUUGCUAGGAGCUGUGAAGGAACUGUUGCCUGACCUACCCCCACCAGUACACAGUUAUAUCAUCAGAUGGAGAUAUUCUCAGGUUUUUAAAGGAUACGUUGGAUCACCUGGCUAUGCUGUGUUGUCCAGUAAACCUCUGGUUGUUAUUACUGGGGACGCCUUCACUCAUUCAAAUCUUGAAGGAUGUAUUGAAGCAGCUGCAAUGACGACCGAUUAUAUAUUAGAAAAUAUUCAUAAUUAAUUUAUUCAUUAUUAUAAUAAUUUAAAAUGUCCUGUUAGUUUAUCUACAA